AUGCCACCUCCGGCUUCGUGCGUCUCCCUCCAAUACUCAAGCAAUCUUCAUGGUGUUAACAGCUUCGCAGAGGAGUCCCUGAACAACGGCUCGUACACAAACAAUGACAUCCAUUCGAGCACAGAAGAGCUCUCGACAAGCAGCCAGGAUCGAAGAAUUGACGAGGAAACGUCUACAACUACGGCCAUAGCCUCCAGCAGCAACCAGGAGCAAAUGGAUUCUGCAAUCGAGGGCACUUCUGCCUCCACCACCGCCGCCAUCAAGCGGGACCCCAUCAUGGAUUCUAUCAUCAUGGCGCCACCAUCCCGAUCCGCCAGCGAGCUGCGCAAGAAAAAGCUAGCUACGACUGAGAAUAGCGCACCGGCCUGCAUCUCAUACCCCCCUGCCAAAGCAACCAGGCCUGCACCCGUCAGCCAUGCUCGCUUCGAAGAGAUGACGGGCAUCACGAAGGCAGAUGCUCAAGUACGCCUUGUCAGACUGCUCAAGAGACCUCCCAAGCUCUUCGAAGACGCCGAGGCCGCAGCAGACGCAGCAAGGUCAAUCCGCGCCUCGAACGAGAAGGCGAAGGAAGAGAACUGGCUCAAGGCCGCGCGCGAGAGCCUCAACGCCCCUGUCGUGCCGCCAACGCCGUGGCACUCCUUCAGGCAUAUCGUGUCGCACUACGGACGCGUCGGUCGACUGAACAAGUCGCCGAUCCAGAGGAGGAAGGCCAGCAAGGCCUUCGUGAGCCAGAUGAAGCGCAGCAGGGGCAGGAGGAUCCACGUGGACUCGACGGCCGGCGAGGCGUUGCGCUAUGACGGAUAUCCCGAGAUGAACAAUGUCGCACAUGUCAUGUCUGUCGACAGGGAGUUCUUGGGAGAGGUCUUGGGGUUCCAGGCUGGUCUGGAGGAAUGGUACAAGGGCCGGUACGCACACGAGGCCAAGCAGGCCGAGGCCAAGCGGGUCGAGGAGGAGGCGGUGCAAGGUAGGAUGCAGGAGAUGAUGUCAACCUGGCAGCACCUUGUGGCGCAAGGGGAUGAGAGGGGCGCUGAUGAUAUCUGGAAGAUGAUUUUCGGGGACAGUCUUGUGGAGUAG